AUGGCUGCUACAAUGCCAAUAAAUCCAAAACCAUUUUUAAAUGGUUUAACAGGUAAACCUGUUAUGGUAAAAUUAAAAUGGGGUCACGAAUAUAAAGGUUAUCUUGUUUCUGUCGAUGGAUAUAUGAACUUACAAUUAGCUAAUACAGAGGAACAUAUAGAUGGAAAUUGUACUGGCAAUCUUGGUGAAGUUUUAAUCAGAUGUAAUAAUGUAAUGUAUAUAAGAGGUGUAGAAGAAGAAGAUGAAGAAGGAGAAAUGAAGGAUUAGAUUUUAUAAUGUUUAUACAUUAUAAUUUAAAAUGUUUAUUUUUAAGUAAGAUUAAUUGUCUAAAAAAUAAUAAAAUUAUGUUUUUUAAA